GUACCGGCGUGCUCGCCUCUAGCAGCCCGUGCAGAUUGCAGAACAAUAAAAAAACCCUCCAUCCCUGAUACUUCUCCGGCUCUCUCCCUCAGUUCAAUUGAUUGCAGACUGCCCUUGCCUUUGGUUGGUAGUCGGUUGAUUAUACUUUCUCUCUUUUUGACGGCCUCUUUUUGGUGUUUUGUCGACCUUCCUGCGUUUUAUACGGCGACAAUCAGUCUAGGGCAUCAUCCAGAGUCCAACCUCGGGUCUGCCAGCGCCCGUCAUGGCGACCGCCAUCUUGAACGCGACGAUUGCCGGCUUCAAUUCGACGACUACCUACACGACUGUUUUUGAGGAGAUCUCCAAGUACAAUGUGCAGCUCAACUACUUUGAGCGCCUCUGGGCGGCGUGGUACCUAUGGAUGCAGAAUGAUACUCUGGCGACCGGCAUUAUGAGCUUCGUCAUGCACGAGGUCAUUUACUUUGGCCGGUCUCUGCCGUGGAUAAUUAUCGACGCCAUCCCCUACUUCAACAGAUACAAACUCCAAAACCAAAAAGUGCCAAGCUGGAGAGAACAGUGGGAGUGCGCCGCCCUCGUCCUGCUAAGCCACUGUACCGUCGAGCUCCCGCAGAUUUGGCUGUUCCACCCCAUCGCUGUCUACUUCGGCCUGGAAUAUGGCGUGCCCUUCCCCCCAGCCUGGAAGAUUGCCAUGCAUAUUGCAAUCUUCUUCGUCCUCGAGGACGCCUGGCACUACUGGUUCCACCGCGCGCUGCACUAUGGCCCCCUGUAUCGCACCAUCCACAAGCUGCACCACACGUACAGCGCGCCCUUUGGCCUCGUUGCCGAGUACGCGUCCCCCAUCGAGGUGAUGCUGCUAGCCUUCGGCACCAUCGGCAGCCCCAUCGUGUGGGUCUCCAUAACGGGCGACCUGCAUAUGAUCACCAUGUAUCUGUGGAUCGUGUUCCGUCUCUUCCAGGCCAUCGACGCCCACAGCGGCUAUGACUUCCCCUGGAGCUUGCAUCACUUCCUGCCCAUAUGGGCUGGCGCCGAGCACCACGAUGUCCACCACGAGAAAUUCAUCGGCAACUAUGCGUCGAGCUUCAGGUGGUGGGACUAUUUCAUGGACACGGAGGCGGGUGCCGAGGCGAGCAAGAGACGCCGCGACAAGAAGCUGGCACAGAUCAGGGCCAAGAAGGCCCAAUAAGUGGCGAGCCUACCGAGGUGGUGGCUUACACAUGACGGCCAACAGGCACCUUGGCGAUAAGAGCCUCUAAUCUUGGAUUCUCUGCGAAGCAUCUUACGUACAGUGAGACUUGGUAAUGCGGCGUUUGCUCGGGAUCAGCGGUUGGCGCGUGUCCCGGAAACGGGAGGUGACGAGAUGACCCCCGGAGCCUGAGGAACGGCCGUGUCCAGAAAGGCGAAGGGUUCAGUCACGUGUAUCUGGUUGUCGCGGAAAGAGGGCUACAGCCGACUCCAAUGAAUAAAGGGGCGUUGGGAGAGGAAGGAGGACUGGCUAAUUAUUUCUGUACAUAUGUUGAGUUUGCCCCUUAAUCCUUAUUAAUAGAGCAUGACAAUGAAAUCCUAACAAGUACGCGUAC